UUAAAUAAUUCUUUUUUCUAGCUCAGUAUAGCCCACAGACCUUGGCUAAGUGUCAGGGCAGGAUGUGCCCCACUGGGAUUUGCACCUCCACUGAUGAUCACUGCAAUGGAUUCCUUACUUGUCCAGAUCUUAGCGAUGAACCUUUAACAUGCCCACCACAGCUGAGUGCAUGCCGGCUUUCUAAUGAUGAGAAUACAUGUGUUUGUGAUGAUGGCGGAAUGCCAUGCCAGGAUGGUGUAUGUAUUCCACGAAGCCGUGUGUGUGAUGGUCUAGAAGAUUGUGUAAACGGGACGGACGAGAUCAGUUGCACUUGUGCUCGGUUGCUGUGGCGGGACAACCCAGGAAAGCUGUGUGAUGGUAACAUCGACUGUGAUGACCAGGAGGAUGAAUCGAUCUGUGGGUGUACUCCCGUGACCGAGUACUUCAGAUGUUACAAGUCCGAUGGCCAGGGUUGUAUCCCUCGUGUCAAUGUCUGUGAUGGCAACAAAGAUUGUUCAGAAGGCGAGGAUGAAGCUAGCUGUGUGGCGCUUGCACCUGAAAUACCAAUCGAUGAGGAUGCAUUAGGGUUGCUCCCAGUGCACAUGGAAGGCUUCUUUCUGGUUCGAGUGCGAGGACGAUGGUUCACCUUCCAGCAUGAAAAGUGGAACAUAAAUGCGUCGCCCUUACUGUGCUCCAAGCUGGGGUUCACGCACGAGGUAACAGAAAGCCGAGGCUAUAAAGGCUUUCUGCAAGGAGUUGUAUAUAUCAUUUGUUCAGUUGAAGAAGUGGAAUAACCAACAUAGUUAGUCAUCUAAGUAUUCUUGAAGCAGGGAUUUAAAUUUGUUUCUUUAUUCUUAGGCAAGGUAUUAAAGAAAGAAAAAUUUAUUGAUUUAAGAAAAAUCAUUGUCCUGUUGUUCUGCCAGCCUCGGCACCAUGUAACAUUUAAUAAUCCUACAUACCAGGGGUGACCACAUAUUAAAAAUAAAUUUUUAUUAAAUCA